GGUUGUUACGGUGAGCGCGGGAGCCGUUGGGGAUCCGGGGCGGGGCCCAGGCGUCCGGGCUGCUCCCCCCCCCUCCAAAAUCCCUUUUGAAGGGGGACCCAGCUGUUUUCCCGUAGGCCUGUGCUUUUCGGAGUCCCACCCCAACAGUGCGAAGGAAAGGGAGAUCCUGUGGGACAGAGCUCUCGUGGCCCCCACGCUGCUGCGUCCUGGGACAGCGCCCGGCAGAGGAGGGCUUGCCCUGGCCGAAGUCUGCGCUUCCACUUGCUCGAGAGUGGCAGAGGAAAAUGGAAGAAGGGAGAGCAUAUUCGCGAGAUGGGGUGUUAUCUCACCUGGAAAUGUUGGAGGCACAGGCUCAUGAGCUAGCUCUAAAGCAAGAAGAAACUGAGCAGCAGGAGGAGAAACUGGACAGGCUGAAAGCAAGAGUGCAGGAGCUGAGGCUUCAGAGGGAUGAGCUGCGGGCCAAAGUGGACCUGCAGCAAAAGAGGCUCCUUGGGAAGGAAGGGGUCGUGACGAGUGGUGUCCUAGGCGCAGCGCAGCCCAGUGACCGGGCCGUUCUGGAGUGGAAGGUGAAAAGCGUCCAGGCCAUGCUGCAGGUUUUCUACCUCACAGGCAUCAGUGGGAAGCUGACCAAGCACGGCGUGUGCUUCUGCAUCAGCACGGCCUACGAGGGCACCUACCUCGAUUCCUACCACCUGGACCUCAUCACCAAGCCGGAGGUGCAGAUUCGCCGCCACUCCGUCCCAGUUUUUAUCCCCUUGGAGCAGCUCGCCAAGAAGUACUUGCAGACGGACAUCAAGCGCUUCCUGUCUGCGCUCUCUGACCACCUGAACGCUUACGCUGGCAGGAGGUACCAGGCCGACCAGUUACAGGAACGUUUUUCAGACCGUCUAGAAGGAACCCUGCAGAGGAACUCCUUGUGUAACAUGUUGGUCUUCAAUUACAACACGGCAGGAAAAAAACAGACCUUCCCGUUCAGCGCAAAGCUGCUUUAUGGAGAUCUCUGUCGCAGCCUCCCCACUGAAGCCGUUGUUUCAUGCACACCGGGCGCUCCCGCGUCCCUAGCAGAGAGGACAGCAGCUCACUCGGACGUGUUUCGCCGCCUGGCUCUGCACAAAGCCUUUGAGUCGUUCAGCAGCCCUGAAGAAAGCCUGGAUCAAGCACCGUAAGCAAGUCCGGCUCUCCCCAGUGUUGAGUAUUUCCUGAGCUUCCCGGCCUGUGCAGAGUGGUCUCGAAAUGCAAAUGUUUUCUGUGAACUGCAGCACUGUGGCUGGGAACCCACUGCGGAGCAGUUGACCCGGUUUGAGUCUGGAGAGAGAUAUUUUCUUGAGGCUUUCAGGUGUCUAUUCCGGGUAAACUCUCCUCAGUGCCGUGCUUGUUCUUUGAGAGCUGUUUGCAGUGUUUCUUUGUGGUUGCUGCUGUGGCCCCACAGGAAGUGUCUCGCUAUUGGAAUGAGAAAUGACAUUAUAAAUUUGAUAUCUUGGUGCUUUUGGGGCAGCAGCCCUGUGGAUCACCACCAUGCCCUUAACCAGACAGCAGACCUUGAAAAGCAGGGAGCCAGGUGAGUGAUCUGUCCCCUGCUUACAGUGGUCAGGAAGAGACGUCGCGUUAAACCCAGGGGCUGGGGGACAACAGGGAUCAUUGCGGUAGGCUGCUGAGUUGGUUUUGGACAGAGAUGAGGUCUGGUCGUUGCCAGCAGUGCCCCGUGCCCCUGUGCGGGCUGCGUAGCCAGAAUUAAACCCCCAAAGCAUCAACAUUGAACUCUCCAGAAGAUCUCACGGCAGCAGUGGCUCUGGACAUGCUGUUUCCUUCCCUGUGGGCACAGGGCCACUUUCCUGAUGUCUUGGCUUCAAUUCUGAUCCAAAUUUGGAUCAGAAAAACUCGCUGUUUUGUAACAAGACUUUUUUAACUUGUUAAUAAAAAUGCUGUUAUGGAAAUUGUAGUACUUAAAUCUCUUUUUAGCUUUUCUAACUUGUAAAUAAAAAUAGUAUGUUACGGAAACUGUA